ACAAAAGUUUCCAUCAAAUCCCACGCAAAAUCCUGAAAAAAAGUGUAAAAGCUUGAUAGAGAGGAAGCUGUAAUGGGACCCACUUUCUUUCCGUGGGCCCAGCGCAUGACGUGGUGAGAGGUCAGACCUGGACGGACCGACCUCGAUGUAGCUUUGAGGAACCAAACCCCCUGUUCUGCAACAAAGUGAAAAAUUGUGAAAACCAAAAGAACCCCAAAUGUGUAUAGCUGUGUUCGAAUGGCAAAAUCACCCAAUUUACCCGCUCCUUCUGUUGUUCAACAGGGACGAGUUUAAAAGCAGGCCAACAAAGCCUUUGGCAUGGUGGGAAGGAGGGAAGAUCUUAGGGGGAAGAGAUGGGCUGGCAGGAGGGACAUGGCUGGCUUGUAACAGAGAUGGCAAGGUGGCUUUUAUCACAAAUGUUAGAGAAGUUGAGAAACUUGCUCAAGCUAAGAGCAGAGGGGACCUCCCAGUUCGGUUCUUGGAGGGCAAAAAGAGUGCCAUGGAGUUUGCUGAGGAAGUUGCGGAGGAGGCAGGUCAGUACAAUGGGUUUAAUCUGAUCUUGGCUGAUCUUUGUUCCAAGGCCAUGGUUUAUGUAACCAACAGACCAAAGGAGGACAAAAGUUUUGUCACCGAGGUCUCACCUGGGAUUCAUGUACUGUCAAAUGCAAAGCUAGAUUCUCCUUGGCCGAAGGUUCAACGACUAGGCGACAGUUUCAAAGAGCUAUUACGCGAACACGGUGGCGACAAUGAUCUUCCAAUGAAAGAAAUGGUUGAAAAACUGAUGAUGAACACGAUUAAAGAUGAUGAAGAAAGCUUGCUGCCUCACGUUUAUCCUCCAGAACUGGAAUACCAUUUGAGUUCCAUAUUUGUAGAGAAAGCCCCUCAGCUGGGACAUUAUGGCACCAGAAGCACAUCAGCAUUGUGUGUGAAGACAAGUGGGGAAGUUAUCUACCAUGAGAGAUAUCUGGAAAAUGAACUGUGGAAAGAAGGGACAGUAACUUAUCACAUGGACACGGAUAGAGGAGAAGAAGAAAAAUAGUUUAUGGUUCCUUUGCUAACCUUAAACCCCAUCCCAUCUGGGAUUUUUCAGACAAAAGGCUUCAUUAUUGUGGCUAGUUCAGAUUUUACAGAUUCCGUCUCUGCUUACAUGUGGGUUUAUGGUGCCUUAAACUUAUCACUGAGAUAUGUUCAUCUGAAAGGUUCGACCCCCCUUCCCAAUAUCGCAAGCUAGCUUAUAUCAAAAGAAAGAUAUGUUCAUAUGUGUAAACUAUCUGUUUCAUCAUUAAUCAAUAACAUAAGCAUGAGGAUCUCACAG